UAAGCACCCGGUCGGCUCGCCGGUGCCGCAGCCGCGAGUCGCUCGCAACCCGACGGCCGACGCCAAAUCCCUGUUCCUUCCGCUCUCACCGCCCCGGCGGCCGCCUCCGCCGCCCUCCGUCCGGCCGCGUGCCGCGACUCUACGCUGACCUAGGAGGAGAAGGUCGAAGGGCGUAAGGCUCCCUCACGGGAGGUGAGGAAGAUGUCGGGGUUCGGUGAUGGGUACGUGGGGACGGCGCAGGACGCGGUGAAGAUCCGGCGGCUGGAGAAGCAGCGCGAGGCGGAGCGACGCAAGAUCGAGGAGCUCAAGAACAAGUCCGCUGACGGGCAGCCCGGCCUCCUCCAGUUCGGCUCCAGCACCUCCGAGAUUCUUGAGACUGCAUUUAAGAAGGAAACAGUUGGUCUCGUCACAAGGGAGCAGUAUGUCGAGAAGAGGGUUAACAUUCGGACCAAGAUCGAGGAGGAAGAGAAAGAGAAACUUCAGAAGUUGCAACAAGAAGAAGAAGAAUUGCAAAUGCAGAAAAGGAAAAAGAGGAGAGUGAAGGGCGAUCCACGCCUAUCUUUCUAUGACGACAUUGAGAACGGAAGUGAUGAAGAUGAUUUUGAGAAUCAAGAAACUCAAAAGAAAAAUGGCCCUAUCAAACUUGGAAAGGAUCCAACCGUCGAGACAAGUUUUCUGCCUGACAGAGAGAGGGAGGCAGAGGAACAAGCAGAACGAGAACGACUAAAGAAGCAGUGGUUGUGUGAGCAGGAAUUGAUCAAAAAUGAACCUCUCUCAAUUACUUACAGUUACUGGGAUGGGACUGGACACAGGAGAGUUAUCCAGGUCCGUAAAGGUGACACUAUUGGAGAAUUCCUAAGGGCAGUUCAACAGCAGCUUGCCCCUGAGUUCCGUGAAGUACGGACAACGUCAGUAGAGAACCUACUUUAUGUGAAGGAAGAUCUUAUUAUCCCUCAUCAACACAGUUUCUAUGAAUUGAUCAUCAACAAAGCGAGGGGGAAGAGUGGACCGCUUUUCCAUUUCGAUGUUCAUGAGGAUGUUCGAACCAUUGCUGAUGCAACAAAAGAAAAGGAUGAGUCUCACGCGGGCAAAGUUGUAGAGAGGCAUUGGUACGAGAAAAACAAGCAUAUAUUCCCUGCCUCAAGAUGGGAGAUCUAUGACCCAACUAAAAAGUGGGAGCGCUACACAAUCCAUGGGGAUUAGAGUGUACAAUAUCACAGACAGCUAAGUUAUUUGUACUUGGGAUGCCUGGAAAGAACACGACAUGAGAAUGAAGUGAUGUGACAUGAGUGGAAUAGGAAGGUUAUUAGUGUUGUUUGCGAGCAUAUACUGCUAAAGCUGUAAUUGUGUCAUUGUGCUAUUUUACAUCUUUUGAUCGACUGUUGUCACCUAAUAUUUUCAAUGUUCGAUUCUACUCUAUGUUGUAACAUUUUAGUGAAUGCCAAAUUUUUGCAUUUUUAGCUACUUGUUGCAAGUGAAACCUUUACAUUUUUUGUC